CGGAGCUCGAAAAGCCACACCACCUUGAUCGACCUCGCUGCACACACUUCCAACAAACACUUGUAUUGUCCGACAAACAUUUCGAAGAAGUUUGGCAGAUACAUUGUCCCUUGACACGAUUGCAUACGAUCACUUCCUCAAACAUACAAACCCAAUUCAACGAUCAAAAUGACGCUCUAUUACAGUCUCGUCUUCCUCCUGCUCGUGGCAGAGAUGACGCUAUUCAUGCUCCUCAUCAUCCCUCUCCCUUUCACUAUCCGCAGAAAGAUGUUUACAUUCAUCUCCGAGAGUCCGCUUGUUGCGAAACUCCAAUACGGGAUGAAGAUUACCUUUAUCUUCAUCCUGAUCCUCUUCAUCGACAGCGUCAACCGCGUCUACAGAGUCCAACUUGAGCUCGCUGAGUCGAACAAACAACAAGGUGCUGCUGUCCUCGGCCACGAACGCAUGGAGGUUCAAGCCCGCAAAUUCUACUCCCAGCGAAACAUGUACCUGUGCGGCUUCACUCUCUUCCUCUCCCUAAUCCUCAACCGAACAUAUACCAUGAUCCUCGAUGUCCUCCGCCUCGAAGAGAAGGUCAAGAAGUACGAAGGCGACCCAAAGGCAACAGGCAAGGAGUCCGAGAAGUUGGCCAACGCCGGAAACGCUGGUGAGAUCGGCAAGCUGAGAAAGGAAUUGGCCCAGAAGGAUCGUGAUUUGGAGACCUUAAAGAAGCAGUCCGAGGGCUUGAGCCGAGAGUAUAACAGCUUGGGUGAUAAGUUCACGGCUGCUGAUGGUACUCCUAAGAAGGACAAGUAAACUUUUGGGGGCAUCAACUAGUCAAAUACUUGCGCCUGGACUAUAUAUCGUGGAGGGAAAGGGUCGGAUGAGGAUGGUGACGAAAAGCUGAUGCGGUGUGAUGAGAUUGGGGAAGGCAUUUUGAGGAGUAUGCGGCGGGAUGAUGGGGUGUCUAGAGGGAUAAUGGGGUCUAUUAAGCGUCUGCAACAUUCUUGAGUGUAGGUAUAGUACGAAAACGCGAAGUCUUAUCAUUUCUGUCCCAACUAUGGACACGUCGAGUUACUAUGAUGAAAAUCCAUUGCUAUUUUGUGCUGUUGGCCCCCAUUCCUCAGAUAACGCUCAACUAUCAGUCCCUUCCAUAUCCAUCAAGCAGA